AUAUCCAUUAUUGUACCUCGCCAAAAUUUUAUGACCAUGAGCUCGUUCCUGGUGAAUUCUAGCUACGGCGUGGAUCCUAAGUUUCCGCCCGUGGAAGAAUACUCCCAGUCUAGCUAUAUUUCGGGACAAGGGCAAUUUUAUAACCACAGUGGCAACCAGGGAUACAGCUACACCGCCUACUCUCAGCCGUACAGCGCACAGGCAGCGUAUACAAACGCACAGGGCACAUACAGCAACAUAUAUAGUAACAGAAACAGGGAACAGAACGGCAACGCCGCACAUAACAGCCCUGUUAUAGAGUCGCCGGGACACGGGGUACACUCACAGAAUGGUGUAGGAACGCAGCAACCUCUUUCACCGCAAGUCGCGAUUGCAGCCGACCAUCAACAACAACAACAACAGCAGCAGCAGCAACAGCAAGACCAAGAUCAUCACAUAAGUUAUGCGUCGCCGUCGCCGAGUGGGUUACCGAAUUCCUCGCACACGGCGACAACCAGACAUUCGAAUGUAAUGUAUCCAUGGAUGAAACGGAUGCACGUAAAUCCAGGGAUUGGUGCGGCAGCCCCGAACGGAGCCGAACACAAGCGGACUCGGACGGCCUACACGCGCUACCAAGUGCUAGAACUGGAAAAAGAAUUCCAUUUUAAUAGGUACUUGACUAGAAGGCGACGAAUUGAGAUCGCGCACGCUCUGGGACUCACCGAACGUCAAAUCAAAAUUUGGUUUCAGAAUCGGAGAAUGAAAUGGAAAAAGGACCACAAUUUACCGAACACAAAGACGAAAAGCUCAACACCGCACACCACUCAGGGUGCUUUUAGUCCAAGUUCUGAACCGGGAAGUAGCGGGCAAGUGUGAUGUAUCUCCGUCAAACCUUACUGACAAUUACAGCGAAGGUGAUAUUACACUAAACGGUGAGACUAACUAACCGCGCACCGGCGCUGUCUUGGAUGCCGUGAAUCACCGAUCGUACUGUGAGCUCAUAAAUCCACUCCACCCGGUCGUAAUUUUGCGUGGUAUUAAAUGGAAACUCGUGGCACUGAAACUAAACUCACACCGUCAGACCUCAACUGAUUUAUGUCUGCUAUUGCGUUCUUUCAUAAUCUCCACAACACAGUCUGUCCAUCAGUUGUUUUCAUAUCGCCACUACAGACAUCCCGGUAUCCCCGUAACCGGCACCCUUCUUCUUUUUCCACUUUCAUAGGCUGUUAAUCGUUAGCACGUUAAAUCUGAAUUGGUAUCCACCGAUAUUUUUUAAUGAAUUUGGAUUUUGCACUUGCACGUCAGUUCGCAAAUGAACGAGGCUAGCUUGGAUAUCCUCCGAUUUUGUAUAUAUGGAUUUUUCCUCGAUGAUUAGCCAGUUGUCAAAUAUUAUUUUUUUUUCAAUAUGUUCUGAGAUUAUUUAUAAGUUUUACAACGGAAACACGCGUUUUCGGACGCUACGCUUCCAACAGAGAGUACAUCACAUAUUUCUGUAUCGUGCAGCUCGUCAUUAGCGAAAACAUUUAGAAUCCGUGCAGAAACCCGCAGAAAAUAUCGAAAUAUAAUAGAAUAUGUUUUUUCUUGUUUUUAAAUUUCAAAAAAAAAAUCAUUUUGUUGACAUAUGAAAGUUGUAAUUUAUUCUGUCCUUGCUUUAGACGUAGACUGAAACAAUAAACUCAUAUUUUUUUGUUGGAAA